UUUCCUGUGUGCAUAGCAACAAGAAACAUGGCGCGCAAUCUGCGGAAGGUUAUAGUUAAAAUUCCAGUUGAAGAUCGUGAACUGGAUGGCGUGUUUAAUUUUCCAUGCGAGGCGUCGUGGAACGGUUGUGCUGUGAUUCUGACACACGGGGCCGGAGGGGAUAUGAAUUACCUCCAUCUAGAGAAACUAGCUACUCAUCUCGCAAGCACGGGAAUACUGUGUUUGAGAUUCACCUGCAGGACAAGAAACUUCAAGUAUAGGAUACAGUGUUUCACAGCAGUUGUGGAGUUCCUGAGGAAUUUUGAAGAGUUUCCAAUCAACAUGUGCAUCAUAGCAGGCCGUUCAAUGGGUGCACGUGUUGCUGCUGAGGUAGCUUCAAACAGUAGUUUGACCACAAACUUUGUAUUUGGCGUUGCUUGUUUGUCAUACCCUUUACAUCCUCCACGUAAGACCUCGGAGAUUCGAGUAUCUUCACUUCUCCAUCUUGGAUUGCCUGCAUUGUUUAUAAGUGGCAGAAAAGAUCCAUACUGCAGGCCCGAUUUAAUGGAUACAGCUCUGAACAGAAUGGCAAAUGACUGGAAAAUGCACUGGGUGGAAGGUGCAGACCAUGAACUAAAGCUGCGUGGCAGAGUGAAUCAUGAGCUUAUAUCAGAUAUGUGUGAAUGGUUUGUGCAAUGGUGUCAGUCGGUGUUCAUGGCAGAAAGAUGAUGAACCUUCCAAUAAAUGCAAUUUAGCCUGUGUAGCUGUAGUGGUGAGUAGCAAAGUUUGGAUUGGCAUUUGUACUAUUUUAUGUCUCUUUCAAGCUUCGAAGGACACACAAACCUGCCAACUACACAGACUGAUGGAAUUCAGCAAACUACCUGAACAUGUCUUAAAACGAUUUUGUCAAUGCCAUUCGUUACUGAACUGUCAUGGUAUAUGGUAAGACCAAAAUUUAUUUUUGUAUGCCAAUCU